AGUGCAGAAGCAAGUCGCGAUUCCUCAGGAAAAGGGAGGUGCGUCCAUCCAUCUUCUCAUGUGGGAUUUAAACUGUCUUCAGAUUGGCUCCAGUCUGACGGAGGAUUUCCCCGCGUGUAGAGUACGGCUCCCUCUUCUAACGUUAAACUGGACUUUGUGAAGCGAACGAGGAGCACAGGAAGGAGGGAGAGGAACACUUGCUUUGUGCCCAGCCUGUUUGACAGAUGGCACUGGCAGAAUGAUCUUUGACUCUCACCCAACGACCAGCCCUUGCUCCUCUCACUGAGGCAUUAACCACGUGGAGACGGCGACACACUUGGACAUUAGAACGACCGUACCCUGUGGGCACAAGCCAGACCGACUGUGUCUUCCUCUGCCGCAGUCACGCCAAAACCUCCCAGGCUUUCACACAGCAUCAAUAUUCAAGGGCUGACAGUUGGUGCCUUUCUUUGUAGCAUUAGUAACAGCCGCUAAGGUAACAAUUUUGGCAGCACAGACUGUAGCACAACCAAUGUGUUAAGCGAGUGUGUGUAAUUUGGCCUGCUCGUCCCUGUGCAGGAACAGCGCAGGAGUUGUGUUACACUGCCUGACCGGCCUUAUACAUGUUUCAUCUGCUGCUCUCUGAACAGAAGCCCCCUUUGUUAUCUAAUCCAGCCUUCUCUCUAGCCUCAGACUGAGUUUAGCGCCAGAAGACUGCUCUUCACAGUCUGUCAUCCAGCCGGUGGGCCGAUACAUAUCAACCAACAGCUGAGGAGCAGCAGAGGGACCUGCUCAGGCCCCAGAUAUCUGCUAUCAGGACUUCUCAGCCUCUCUCUCAGACCAUUGGCUGGCACACAGACAGAGCUUUCAAGUAAACAAGAGGAACUAAGGGGCAGUGUGAAGUCCAUGAAACAUUUUCAAGGAUCCUUUUUGUGCUUUAUCUCCUCGGCACUACACCUCAAAGUUUCUGUAGCUUACCACCGUUCAUGCUGCAGAAUUGCAAGAAGGCAGUUCUUGUAAACAGAGCUCUAAAGUGUUUUGGUGGUUGUUACUGCACGUCAGUGAGCUAGUCGGGACCAUGAGUGACACACUCAGACCGCCUUCCCUCCAGGUGAGCGUCCCAAUUGACGCUCCAGCCUACUCGGAUGGAAACGCCGUGUCAGACGGGUGCGUGCGGUCCAGCUCCUCAACCCCAACUCUUCGGCGCAAGCGUUUCAAGAUGCGCCGUAUGAGGAACGUGCCCAGCGAGAGGGAGCUGGAAAGAGGGCAGCUGAACGGCAAUCACCUCACAGCGCAGUCCCACUCUGGCUCUAAGGAAUACCUCCAGCUGCCUUCCAUUGAGAUCACGCCAUCCAGCGAUGAAGAUGCCCCCUCUUCCUGGUCCAGCUGCUCCACACCCAGCGCCUCCCCGCGCCGCAAGCGUUUCCUGUUGAGGAAAUGGCUGAAGGUCCGAGAGAAGAAGGAACAAGGCAGUGAGAGCAGCAGCCAACAGAGCAGCCAACAGAGCAGCCUGCAGAGCAGCCAUGAAGACGACAGCAGUCGCUUCCUGACUCCAUUGAUCCAAGAGGAAAGGUCUGACAGUGCAGCGGACAAAUUCAGCACUGCCAGUAACUCAAACAAGAGCACGCCUGCCUGCUCACCAGUCCUGCGCAAACGUUCACGCUCUCCCACGCCACAGACCCAGGAGGGCGAGAACAUGGUGGAGAAGGGUUCAGACCACUCCUCUGACAAGUCCCCUUCCACACCCGAGCAGGUCGUCCAGAGAACGUACUCCCUGCAGUCAGCUCGAAGCGGCGGAAAGAACUCAAAGUCUCACAAGCGACUUUCCAAAUAUGACAGACUAAACCUGAUUAAAAAGAGCCAAAGCUGGUACAACCAUGAAAGACAGCACAUCCUGAGAGUGCUGAGUCCGACAUACAAGCAGCGCAAUGAGGACUUUAGGAAACUCUUCAAGCAGCUCCCUGACACAGAGAGACUCAUUGUGGACUACUCCUGUGCUCUUCAACGUGACAUCCUGCUUCAGGGACGACUCUACCUCUCUGAAAACUGGAUUUGUUUCUAUAGCAACAUCUUCCGCUGGGAAACACUGCUGACAGUGCGGCUAAAGGACAUCUGCUCGAUGACGAAAGAGAAGACUGCCCGCCUCAUUCCCAAUGCCAUCCAGGUCUGCACAGAUACUGAGAAGCACUUUUUCACCUCGUUUGGAGCCCGGGACCGGACAUACAUGAUGAUGUUCAGACUGUGGCAGAAUGCACUGUUGGACAAGCCUCUGUGCCCCAAAGAACUGUGGCACUUUGUUCAUCAGUGCUAUGGCAACGAGCUUGGCCUAACCAGUGACGACGAGGACUACGUUCCCCCAGAUGAUGACUUCAACACAAUGGGGUUCAGUGAAGAGAUUCCCAACGAAGAGAACGAGAUCAACACUGACAACUUGUCUAAGAGCAGCACUGAGGCCAAACCUGAAGGGAGCCCUCCUCUGCUACACAAGAAGAUGGUUCCGAACAGCACCCUCCCCAGCCCAGGCAACCAUGACACACAUAUUACAUUUGACCUCCCGGUAGAGGAGUUUGCAGACUGCCUGCCCGAUGGCGAGCUGCUGACCGUGCCACUGGUGGUGGAAGAGAAGAACAAUGAUGCCAGCAGGCCUGGUGGCAUUGUGCCCUCGCCCUCACUCGACUUCAACGACAACGAGGACCUCCCCACUGAGCUCAGUGACUCCUCAGAAACACACGACGAAGGUGAAGUGCAGGCUUUCCACGAGGACCUGAACGGCAGGCAGCACAUUAACGAGAUCUACAAGUUCAGUGUGGACAAGCUCUACGGCAUCCUUUUCACCGAGUCCCAGUUCAUGAGUGACUUCAUGGAACAGAGGCGAUUUUCAGACGUGGUCUACCACCCAUGGAAGAAGGAGGAGGCUGGGAACCAGACCAGAGAGAUCUUGUACACCAUCUCUUUGUCCAACCCUCUGGCCCCUAAAACAGCCACAGUCACAGAGACACAGACUCUGUACAAAGCCAGUCAGGAGAGCGAGUGUUACAUCAUCGACGCCGAGGUCGUCACGCAUGACGUUCCUUACCACGAUUACUUCUACACUCUGAACCGCUACAUGCUCACCAGGGUAGCCAAGAACAAAUGUCGGUUACGGGUGUCGACUGAGCUGCGCUACAGAAAACAGCCGUGGGGGUUGGUGAAAGGUUUCAUAGAGAAAAACUUCUGGAGUGGACUUGAAGAAAACUUCCGCCAUCUUGAGUUGGAGCUGUCGAAGCUGGAGGAGAUACUGUUGGAGACCCACCAGCUGUCACCGAAGGCCAAGGUGGUGAAGAACUCCACGGUGAGGCGGAAGAAGAGGCCGCUCCCCCACCUGCGCAGCCAGCAUCUCGAUGAGGCGCUUAGCCCCGUUACCACGCCGACGGACGAAGAUGUAAUUCAGAGGAUCAAACAAGUGGCAGGAUCCACACAGACCAGACACCAGAGUCCAGAACACCAUCACCUGCCUGGAGGCCUUGCCCUGUACAGUGUCUCCAAAAUGCUGCUCAUCAUUAGCUUUGUCUUGGUGCUGCUGGUGUUCCUCAACAUGAUGCUUUUCUACAAGCUGUGGAUGCUGGAGUAUUCUGCACAGUCCUUAACAACAUGGCAAGGUCUACGGCUACAUGAAAGUAAACUGCCGCAGACACAGAUGGAGUGGGCCCAGCUCCUGGAGGCACAGCAGCGUUACCAUGACACCGAGCUGCAAAAGUGGAGGGAGAUUAUCAAGUCGUCAGUGCUGCUGCUAGACCAGAUGAAAGACUCUUUGUUAAACCUCCAGAGAGGCAUUGGUUUAAGUGACUACAGCUCUGAGGCGGAGGACAAGAGAAGUCACUAUCACUAACGCAACCACCACAACCAGGCCACAAGGGCGCGCUGUGCAAUUUAGGACCUGUUUUGUUUGUGAAACAGUACACAGGCGGCAGCAAGACAGAGUGAGAACCAAUGAGCGGGACCAAUGGUGAGCUGGUCCAACAGAGACAAAGAGAGGAGCCGAGGGUCACCAGCACACAGAGGGUAACACACAUGCCCUCCCCAGAAUAGGAAGUCAUUGAUAGAAAGUUCCCCCCAUUACACACAGAAACUGAGGUGCAUCACUGAGGCAUUGUGGGAAGGUGCACGGUCUUGCAUCUUCUCCACGCUUGCGGGAUAACCAUAUCCUUUUAUUCUCUUUAUGUCCGAGUGCACCAUACUGUAAGCCAUGUCGACCAGGAGAGCGGCAGAGAGCAGGAAGGAAAGCUACUGCAUGCGUUUAGACAACCUAGCUCCCCUCAGUCGCUGUUUAUGUGGUCCAGUUCCAGUCUAUGUGUGUCAAAAAAAAAAAGAA